CCAGAGUCCUCCCCAAUCGUUCCAAUCCAAAACACGACCUGAAUAACCAAAUAACCACAAAAGCACCCAAAGUCCCAGUCUUCAUUCCCAAAACCCGAAUAAAAGCAAAAUGUGUAUUUUAAAUGUGCCCUGACCUUCGGCGAGCUGUAAUUUCUAAAAACCAGUGCGUGUCCAUCCUUCCAGUCCAAUCAAAACUGAAGACUAGGGAAAGUUCUGGACAACACCACCUCAAGUCAUUUCUCCAAAAUUUCAACCUGUCAAAAAGAAAAAAUCCAAACAGCCCCAAAAGCUGCUGAAUAAUUUCAUCAGAUAACUCGGCGUUGCUUGGAGGAGAGAAUUCAAUUAUUAAAUUAAAAAAAUGUACAUAUUCAAGCCAUUCAGGUUCGAAAUCGUGGAGCCCUUUCCAACAACAAAAAGACCCCGAGCUCGGAGCGGUCAUCGAAUCGUCUGCGACGAUAAAUACAUGUACUCAAUAGGAGGUUUCAAUCCUUGUGUACCUGAGCAUGACGCAGAAAUGUCUGAGGACGAGGUAUGGAAGACAAGCCGGCCCCUCUUCAAGGAGCUAUGGAGAUUCAAUCUCUCGACGAAGAAGUGGCAACGAUAUCCCGGACAGAUAUAUCUACCAAUUGAAUUGGCCUCGACCGCUGUUUUAUUAUUUAGACACAAAUUGAUAUUUUAUGGUGGUACUGCUGUGCCAUUUGGGGAGAGCUGCAGCAAUAAGUUGUACGUUUGUGACCUGGAGGGGCUUGACGGUAGUGUAUGCCAAUUACCAGCUGUGGGGAGUCUUCCUGAUCCUCAGUAUGGCCAAGCACUGGUGAAGACGAAGAAUUUUAUCUACACGGUUGGUGGUACCACUGGUUACGAGUACACGUGUGAUGUUCAUCGGUAUGAUCUCAGGGUAGGUGUCUGGGAGAGCGUUUAUAUUUGCUCGGGAAGAGAUCCCAUGGAACCACCUGGAAGAUACAGACACGAAUUGGCUUUUGAUGGUAGAAGGAUAUACGUACUCGGUGGUGGUACUGGUGUCCAGAGCUUCGGCUUCUCUCAUAUACCAGCUUUUGACAUCGAGACAAACACUUGGAGUAUUCUCCAUGCCCAUGCAGAUCCUGGAAGUCAAUUGACCUUUCCAGGUGCCAGGAGGUGUCAUGGAGCUGUCCAAUAUCUCGAUAAAGAGACACAGAGUGUUCAUGUCAUCAUAUCGGGGGGAUUUUGCGGAGGAUUGGCGUACAAAGAUGUCUGGAGGCUCAAUCUUAAGAAUCUUCAGUGGAAUAAAAUUGUUCACUGCACCUUACCUAAACCUCUUUAUUUCCACUCAGCUGCUGUUACCCCAGCUGGCAAGAUGUAUACUUUUGGAGGAAUCAUCGAAACACACGAGCAAACGACACCAAGGACCAGUGACGUUUUGUCAACCUGGGUGAUAAUCCCCAGUCUCUCCGAAAUCUGUUGGGAGGCAGUGAAUCAUUACUACGAACUCAGAGCGAAAAGCAGAGACCAACUCUUGGAUAUUGGCAUACCUCUGAAAUUUAUUAACAGGUUAUUUGAUUAAUAGCUGUUAUUCUAAUAACCAUUUUUUAUUUAUUUAUUUUUUUUAGAAAAAUAACUUUAUCAUCUUGUUUACUCAUGUCACUAAAUCAUCUUCAAUGUUGUUACCAUUAUUAUUGGAAAUUUAUAAGUAAUCUAGUUGUUGAACGAGAAAUUAACGAUAAAUUGGUCAUUGCAAACGAAUAACAAAAAAUGACGAAUAGUUGGUUUUUAUAAUUAUGAUUACUGGUAAUGUACGUUAUUAGUCUCGGCGGGAGUAAUCCUUUCAUGUUUAUUUAGCUUCGUUGAGAGGAUUGGACAUGUAAUAUUAGUCAUAUUGUAGUUGCGGUUAUAAUUAUUCGCAUAACAUUAUGUAUAUUAUUUUUUUAAUGAAAAGAAAUAAAGAGAUUGAUUUAAA